GACUGCAGAGCGGCUGCAGACAGACAGACAGGUGGACAGACAGACAGACAGGUGUGAUGAUGCUGGUAUUGGUGGUUCUGUUCGGCGUCUGGCUGAACUCGGCCUCAGCUGCAAAGCUGGGCGUGGUGCAGACGGAGGGGGGGCAGGUGGAGGGGAAGAGUCACAGGAUGGGGCUGUUCAGGACCGUUGACAUCUUUAAAGGAAUCCCCUUCGCUGACGUCCCCGGAAAGUGGGAGAAACCAAAACCUCAUCCUGGAUGGAGCGGUAACUACGGCCUGUGGGAUCAGCAUGCUGCCAUCUCCUGGGUCCGCAGGAACAUCGAGGCGUUCGGAGGAAACCCAGACAACAUCACCAUCUUCGGCCAAUCAGCCGGAGCCGCCAGCGUCAGCUUCCAGAUGCUGUCUCCCUACAGUAAGGGCUUGUUCCGCAGGGCGAUCUCGCAGUGUGGUGUGGCCCUCAGUCCCUGGGCUCUGCAGAACAACCCGAUGGCUCUCACCAAGAAGGUUGCUCGGAAAGUCGGCUGCUGGAGAACCAACAUAGACGAGAUGAUAACGUGUCUGAAGAUGAGCGACCCGGUCGGUCUCACCAUGGCUGGAAAAAUCGACAUUCUGCUUAUUCUCGGAAAAGGUGUGGUCAUGGAUCUCCUUGAAUUCUCUCCGGUGGUCGAUGGGGAUUUUAUCCCUGAUGAGCCCAGUAAGUUGUUUCACAAUGCGGCUCAGUUUGAUUACCUGGCUGGAGUGAACAGCAUGGAUGGACAUAUCUUCGCUGGAGUCGAUGUUCCUAAUAUCAACAAAAAAAAUGCAACCACUGUGGCGCAGGUGAGGGGUCUGCUGGCUGGUCUGACGAAGGAGAAGGGGAAUGCUGCCAUCGACUCGGCCUACAGCGCCUACACAUCUCACUGGGGUUCGGCUCCUGAGCAGGCAGUGGUAAAGAAGACGGUGGCCGACAUUGAGACCGACUUCCUGUUCCUGGUUCCCACUCAGAUUGCCCUCCAGCUCCAUGCCAACAACUCUAGUGGAGCCCGUACCUACUCCUACCUGUUCAACAUGAAGACUCGUAUCCCAGGAUUCCCUCGCUGGGUGGAGGCGGAGCACGCUGAGGACCUGCAAUAUGUGUUCGGUAAACCCUUCGCUACCCCGCUGGUCUACUUCCCCCGACACAGAGACCUGUCCAGGUAUAUGAUCGCAUACUGGACCAACUUCGCCAAGACCGGUGAUCCCAGUACAGGCGACAGCAGAGUCCCAGUUCCCUGGCCUGCCUUCACCAAAUACCGACAUCCCUACCUGACUAUUAACCACAAGAUCACCAAGUCCUCCGUCAGCUACGACCUUAGAUCAGACUAUGUAACUUACUGGACCAAAACCUACAGCAGCCUGCCGACAAUCAAGAGGGAAGAAGAGGAGGAAUAAGAUGGAGUGAUGAAGAGGGAGGGGAGGAAAACUGAUCCAACAGUCUAAUUGAACCUGUUGAGAAGCUCCGUUCACACUGCUGCUGCUUUUUAUUCUGAACAUUUCGUCCCCUCAGUAGUAAUUUCAUAUAAUAAUGAUAUAUUCAAACAUGUAAGCUGCAUUAUUAACAGCAGUAAGAGAACAGAUUAUAAGACAUAAAGAAAUAAAACAUCAGUGAGGAAUUAAUGAAUGUAUUAGCAUUAAUCUGACCUGUUGUGUAAUAAAGGAAA